AUGAAAAUAGUUAUUGACUUUGGAUUGAAGUAUAAUUAAUCAUUUAUUUUAGAAGGAGAAAUAAAAAAAUAUAAAUAAAAAAUAAGCUGCUAGUUGAGCUAUUAAGGGACUCUAUGGUUUGCAUCAUCACCCAUCGCAGCCAAGUCUUAACUUGACAUUUGCUAAGGUAAUAAAGGUGUUACUUUAUAAUAGUGCUUAGAGCCACCAUUCUAGUACUGCUGUGUGAUUUUUAGUGCCUAAUGCGGGUUACAAUUUUCUUGCCUAAAUUAUGAAAACCAUGAAGUCAAUCUGUACAGUUUUCCUGCCAACAUUUAGGUUUAAUAAAUGUAUAUUCAGAGUUAGACACAAAAUUUUUGGGUUGUUGAUGCAAACAACCUUUAUCUUUUUUAGAUUUAAAAUCCACUUUUAAGUUAGGUUGUUAAUAAAUCUCAGAUUCCAAAGUAGAAAUCAGGAGCAACUAAUAGCUUUUUUUAUUACUAAGGUAUAAAUAGGCUAUUUUUAGUCAAUAAACUAGGAGUAGAUGUUUAUGACAUUUAGAAUACUGAUCAAAUUAAUUUUAUUUUUACUAUCCCUGCUAAAACUAGCAUCUCCAUGAUAGCAAUUGAUUUCAAUUAUUAAACCUCAAAUAAACAACUACUUUUUGCCGAUAAAUGCUCAAUUACCCUUCCAAAGGCUCCGACUCUAAAUAAAAUAACAACUGAUUUGCUUUAUGUUUCAACAGAAGAUGCCAUUUAAAUUUACUAAAUCAAAGAAACAAAUUAUAAUUAAAUUCUACCCUCAGUUGUGAACAUUCCCCAAAUAAUAGUUUAUGAUAAAUUUAUAAGUGCUUUGUAAUACGCCUAUAGCUGUUAAUACACUCCAUAUAAAAAUUAUCUUCUCUCUGCCAAAGGAACUGAAGGAGUGUACAUCUUUUAAGAAGAUCCUUAUAGCCAUGCUCUGUCUUUAAUUUAGAAUAUAAAUCCCCCCAACUUUACCACUAAUCUCAAAUUAGCUAAGACAUUUAAUAAUGACAAUAAUUUAGUUAUCGGAAGAGAUAAUCAUCUUUAUUUCUACGAUAUAUCGAACAUCAACAAUCCUUAAUAAAUUUCCACUUUAUCUAUAUCUAUAGGAAAUUCAAUUCGUUCUGCCUACAUCACUAAGGAUCUAAAAAAAAUUAUUUUUGCAGGGGAUUCUCAAGGAGUUGUCAUUGCGGAUAUUUCUAAUUUAUCUGCGCCAUAGAUUAUUGCCUCUAAAUAUUAAGAUUUGCCUAUUAGUUCUAAAUGCUCAGAUUUAAGUAUGGAUGCAACUGAGAAAUACGUUUAUGCAUCAUACAAUGGUUAAGGAUUAGUCAUUUAUGAUGUCCAUAAUUAUACAAACCCUGUUAUUCUAUCUUAUAUUACUACUUACGGAGGACAAAAUAUUCGAGUCUUCUAAACAAAACCAUUAAUAGUUUUUGCUGAUGGAAUAUAUGGUCUCAAGAUCAUUGAUGUCAGUUAGCCAGCUUCUCCCUUUAUUUUAGUAUCUUUUAGAACUUAGGGAUCUCUUAAAGAAUGCUCGCUUAUAUAUAAAGAGACUUUCUUACUAUGCACAGCUAGAUUCAGAGGCUAAUUAUAGCUUAUUGAUUUGAGGGAUGUAAAAAAUCCUAAUAUUUUGCAAGUCUUCAACUACUAAGACAUUGAUGGAGGAUUGAAUAUAUGCGUCAAUUCUGAGAAAACAGUUGCAUAUCUUGGUUUAACAACCUCAGUCAUUAGAUUAAAUCUUUUCCCAAAUAUAAAUUUUGAUAUGGACAUCUAGCUGGUUUCGGAAGGAGAAGUUGAAAUGAAUACCUUAUUGAAAGUAGGCACAACAUUUAAAGUAGGCUAAUAAAUUUAAAUUAAUCUAAACUAAGUAUAUCCUUCAAAAUAAGCUUAUAUUAAUAAAGUUUUUUAUUAUUCUGACUUUAAUAUGCAAGAUCUCCCAUAUUGGGCUUCUUAUUCUUAAGCUAGCUAAUCAUUGAUUCUUUAACUGGAUAAGAAUUCUCUUCAGACUAGUUCAGCAAAUCAACUAAAUAGCAAUUAGACAAACUCGAUAAAUUCGACUCAAUAUCGCAAUUAGCUAUAAAUUUCAUAACAACAAUUUGUAUUUUCAGUGUCUUAAAAGUUGAGUAAAACAGAUUUUAUUAACAGUAAUUUAAACAUUACAUAGUAAUAAUCACAAUAAAUAUUUGUUGAUUGUAUAUUAGCUAAUUUAAUUACUCACGACUAUUUUGUUGUUUAGACCUCUUAAGAAGUUGUAAAUGCCCUUCUGCAAAAUAAAUAUUAAUAAAAUAUAAUUGAUUAUAUCUAUUAUAUCCUAUCUUAAAAGAAUAAUUAUUAUCCAAUAAAUUUUUUAGUAGAAAGCUCUUUAUAAGUAAACAUAGAUGACGAAAAUAUUGCCCCCUCUAUCUAGACAAUAAGUAGUUAACUUUAAAUUUCUUUGGAUAUAGAUAGUAAAUAGGGAUGCUUUAUUCCUUACUAGUACAGUGGAGUUUUGAUCUACUUAAAUUCUGAGAAUAACAAGAUUUAACUAUAAGGAGAUGUAGCUUCAAUAAACUCUGUUAUUAAUAGUGGAAUUCGGGUAGCAAAUUUUGUUAAUCCUUAACUAAUACAAUUAACAAUAACUAUUAAUGACUCUGUCAACUAUGUAAUAACUAAAACUAUACCAGCCACUCACAAAUAUCUCAUUAAGUUAAACCAGCCUAUAUCUAAUAAUCCUUCUUUGAGCUUAAGAGAUGACUUUGCCUUGAAAUUUUCGAAUUCCCAGUUAUAUAUUUUGGAAUCUUUCAGCUACACUUUUAAUCCAUAGGUCUUUCUGAAUCCUGAUGGACGUACUUUACAUUAUACAGCUAAAAUUCACAUCAAAGAUGAAUAUUAAACCUUGCCUUAAUAAUAUUGGCUUGUUUUUUAACAAGAAUAGAGAAAUUUCUUUGGUUCUGUUAGUUCCUCUUAGUUUCAAACAGUAGCAAGAAUUAUGAUUAAUGUGACGGAUGGUUACACAUACGCGAUAGAUUACUUUGAGAUGCAUUUUGAUCUUAUUCCUAUUUCGUAUAUACUUUUAUAUAUAUUUUAGAUUAUGAGUCCAAUCUUAGGGAUUCUAGGAUUGUGGAAAUAUAAAUCAUUAAUGUAUAAUAACUUCAGAAAAGAUAAUUACAUUACAACUAAAAUUUAAGUUUAAUCAGGUGAUGAAAUUUUACUACAAAUACCUCUGCUUGGAAAAAAUGUAGAAAUUGCUUAAUAAAUAUGGAAAAGCUAUUUUAAAUAAGUAAACAAAGCUCAAGUGUUAUAGGAACUAAAUUAGAUUUUAGAAAAAAAAGAUAUGGAUAACCAUUCUAUGUGCUAAAGCAAAUAAGAUAUGGCUGCUUCUACAAUUAAGCACAUGCCAGUCUUUAGGAAGAAAUAAGAAACAUUUUAUAAACUUUAGAAUAAAUUCGCUCAAACCUAUUUGAGGAGCAUAUCUAAAGUAAAAUAGAAUUAAGACUCACCUAGAUCUUAAAUUUAAAAAAGUAGAAAAAGUACCAUAAGCAGUAGUUUAUAUUUUAACUAGGAUGGGAGCUUAAAUAAUUAAUUUAUUCUAGAAUCAGUAAGAGAACAUUGUUCAUAAAAUUUUAAGGAAAAAGAUUUUAUAACUGAAGCACAAUUAAAUAACUCUAAGUCUAUGAUCUCUAGGGCAAUUGUAGGUUUAGCUGCUUUUUAAUUCUCUGAACUUCACCAAAUUAGCUAACAAAUUUUAGGCUUCCUUAAGAAUGUUGCUCUUUAAGAAGGAUAUCUAGAAAUAGAUUGGUAUAAAAGAUAUGUUUAGAUCAUUGCUUAGCCAAAAAAUAUUCACUAAGAUCAAUUUCCUAUAAUACAAUUUUCCGAGGAUUGUUUUAAUUAAAUAUUCUAAGCUACAUUCUAAAAGUAUGAAGAUAAAGAAGAAAAGAAAAAGUAAUCUUUAUAGCUUGUUCCAUUUAUAAAGCAGGUAAUAGAGGCAAUAGCUUUAGGAUUUACAUUAGAUGGUAAAGGGAUGGUACCAAAAAUCAGAGGUGAAUGUAUAGAAACCGAGUAUCAUGACAUUAAAAGUAUUCGAUCAUACCGUCCUAUUUAAAGAGCAAUAUACUGCUGUUUCAAAUAUAACUAUGAAGAGUUAGUGGAAAAGGAAUUCCACUAGAAUCAAGAACUUCCAUCAUGGAUCUAGAGUUUAGACAUUACUAACUCAGUCAUUUUAAUUUAAGGAAAAGCAGAAAAUAAAGAUAUCGGAGAAUAUGUUUUGAACUUAUAUAAUAAGAAAAACUUUUUAAUUAAAUAGAUUAGAAUUUAGAUUUCUCCUUGUUCUCAAACUAUCAACCAAUGCUUGAAUGUAUUAUCACCUCUAAUGAAUAAAUCUUAAAGUUAAUUGAUUCCUAUUGAAGAGAGUGUAAAUUAAAAAUACUUUUUAAACCCAAAAUAGAUAAGGUAAAAUUCCAUUUGUUUAUCAUUAACUAAUUCCAGUCCUUAGAAUAUUAACUUUCGAAAGACUAUUUUCCGUGAAGACUCUAUUCAAAAUAACUAUACGACUAAUUACUACAAUGAAGAAACCGAGUAAGACGAAAUAAUAUAAUUAUGA